UGUCCUCGUCCUCUCGUUCUCCUCGUCCUCGUCCUCCUUCUCCUUGUCCUCCUCCUUGUCCUCGUCCUCUCGUCCUCGUUCUCCUCGUCCCUCUCCUCCUCCUCUCGUCCUCCUCCUUGUCCUUGUCCUCUCCUCCUUGUCCUCUCGUCCUCCUUCUCCUCCUCCUCGUCCUCCUUUUCCUCCUCCUCGUUUUCUCGUUCUCCUCCUCUUCCUCCUCCUCGUGCUCGUCCUCUCGUUCUCCUCCUCCUUCUCGUCCUCGUCUUCUCGUCCUCCUCCUUGUCCUCGUCCUCGUUCUCCUCGUCCCUCUCCUCCUCCUCUCGUCCUCCUCCUUGUCCUUGUCCUCUCGUCCUCCUUCUCCUCCUCCUCGUCCUCCUUCUCCUCCUCCUCGUUCUCUCGUUCUCCUCCUCUUCCUCCUCCUCGUGCUCGUCCUCUCGUUCUCCUCCUUCUCUUCCUCCUCGUCCUCCUUGUGCUCGUCCUCGUUCUCCUCGUCCCUCUCCUCCUCCUUGUCCUUGUCCUCUCGUCCUCCUCCUUGUCCUUGUCCUCUCGUCCUCCUCCUUGUCCUCUCGUCCUCCUCCUUGUCCUCUUGUCCUCCUCCUCCUCCUCUUCGUCCUUCUCCUUGUCCUCGUCUUCUCGUUCUUCUCCUCUUCCUCGUCCUCCUCUACUCCUCCUCGUCCUCGUCCUCUCGUUCUCCUCCUCCUUCUCUUCCUCCUCGUCCUCUCGUCGUCCUCCUUGUCCUCGUCCUCGUUCUCCUCCUCCUCUCGUCCUCCUCCUUGUCCUUGUCCUCUCAUCCUCCUCCUUGUCCUCUUAUCCUCCUCCUCCUCCUCUUCGUCCUUCUCCUCGUCCUCGUCUUCUCGUUCUUCUCCUCUUCCUCGUCCUCCUCUACUCCUCCUCGUCCUCGUCCUCUCGUUCUCCUCCUCGUCCUCCUCCUCUCGUCCGCAGCCCCGCUCGUCCUCCCGACAUGAUUCCCGACAAGGUGCCCAAGGAAGAUGUGUUUUACGGGGCGGAGGAGAUGCGGAGGACCGCUCACGUCCCCACCUUCGACAAGUACAAGGACAUGUACAUGCAGUCCAUUGAGGACCCUGACAAGUUCUGGGGCGACAUGGCCAAGGACUUCUUCUGGAAGAGCAAACACACGGGACGCUUCCUGGACUACAACUUUGACGUGACCAAAGGGGAAAUCUUCACCAAGUGCAUGGCGGGCGCCUCCACCAACAUCUGCUACAACGUCCUCGACCGCAACGUCCACGAGAGGAAGCUGGGGGACAAAGUGGCCUUCCACUGGGAAGGCAACGAGCCGGGCGAUGAGUCGACGGUGACGUACAGAGAGCUGCUGCACCACGUCUGCCGCUUUGCCAACGUGCUCAAGUCCCAGGGUGUGAGGAAAGGUGAGCGUGUGGCCAUCUACAUGCCCAUGGUGGUGGAGCUGGUGGUGGCCAUGCUGGCCUGCGCUCGCAUAGGAGCCGUCCACUCCAUCGUGUUUGCAGGGUUCUCUGCCGAGUCUCUGAGUGACAGGAUCAUGGACUCUCAGUGCACCCUGCUGGUCACUGCAGAUGGCUUCUAUCGAGGAGAUAAGCUGAUCAACCUGAAGAUCUUAGCCGACGAAGCACUGCAGAAGUGCAGGGACAAGGGCUUCCCACUCCACAGGUGCAUUGUGUUGAAACAUUUAUCCAAAGAAGCACAAGAGACUUCUCUCAGCUGUCCACCUGCCAAAAGGUCCUGCCCUGACCUGCAGGACAGAGAGACGAGCAGAGUAAAGAAAAGUCGUCCUGUUCCACAGGUGCCGUGGAACCCGGAAGUGGACCGCUGUUGGCACGCUCUGGUCGCCGCGGCGUCUGACGAGUGUGAGCCCGAGUGGUGCGAGUCGGAAGACCCUCUCUUCAUCCUCUACACCAGCGGCUCCACGGGCAAACCCAAGGGGGUCUUGCACACACUCAGCGGCUACAUGCUCUACACCGCCGCCACCUUCAAGCUGGUCUUUGACCACCAGCCGGACGACGUCUACUGGUGCACGGCUGACAUCGGCUGGAUCACCGGACACUCCUACAUCACAUACGGCCCGCUGGCCAACGGGGCCACCAGCGUCUUGUUCGAGGGUCUUCCCACCUACCCUGACGUGAGUCGCAUGUGGCAGAUAGUGGACAAGUACCGUGUCAGCAAGUUCUACACUGCACCCACCGCCAUCAGACUGCUGAUGAAGUACGGCAAUGAGCCGGUGCAGAAGUACAAGCGUGACUCUCUGAAGGUUCUGGGCACAGUGGGAGAGCCCAUCAACCCUGAGGCCUGGCACUGGUACUUCUCUGUGGUGGGAGACAGCAGAUGUCCCAUUGUAGACACCUUCUGGCAGACUGAGACUGGUGGACAUGUGCUGACUCCUCUGCCUGCAGCCACGCCCAUGAAGCCAGGCUCUGCUACGUUUCCGUUCUUCGGGGUGGUGCCCGCCAUCCUGAACGAGUCUGGCGAGGAGCUGGAGGGUCCGAGUGAAGGUUACCUGGUGUUCAAGCAGCCGUGGCCCGGCGUGAUGAGGACGGUGUACGGGAACCACGGAAGGUUCCAGAGCACCUACUUCAAGAAGUUCCCCGGUUACUACGUGACGGGAGAUGGCUGCCGCAGGGACAAGGACGGGUAUUACUGGAUCACUGGGAGGAUCGAUGACAUGCUCAACGUCUCAGGUCACCUGCUGAGCACGGCGGAGGUGGAGUCGGCGCUGGUGGAGCACGAGGCGGUGGCGGAGGCGGCGGUGGUGGGCCGGCCACACCCCGUGAAGGGAGAGAGUCUGUACUGCUUUGUCACGCUGGGUGAUGGACGCACCUUCAACCGCACGCUGGAGGCACAGCUCAGGAAACAAGUGAGGGAGAAGAUCGGCGCCAUCGCCACACCAGACUACAUCCAGGACGCGCCAGGACUCCCCAAGACCAGAUCAGGCAAGAUCAUGCGGCGCGUGCUACGCAAGAUCGCGCGUGGCGAGAAAGACCUGGGCGACAUCUCCACCUUGGCCGACUCCUCCGUGGUGGAGCAACUCUUCCUCAACCGAUGUCAACCUGCCCUCUGACCUGGACAGACCCAGGACCAGGACCAGGACCAGACCCAGGACACCCUGGUCAGGACUUGUGACAUCAUCAUCUAACAUUAUGAGCAAGAAGAAAUAAUAACAAUAAUAAUAUUGCAUAUGAAAUAUUAUUCUAAAUAAUAAAAUAUAAUAAUGUUGGUGUGGGAGCGACAGUUUCCUCUUUCCACUUCCUGUUAAUUACACGUUAAUUACAUGUUAAUUACAUGUUAAUUACACACUUUCCUCAGUUUUACAUCUGUCCGUUUUGGGAACAUCAUUUGGUGAAACUCUACUUCCUGUCUGCUCUUUUCAACUUAUUACUAUUUGGUUUUUCAAACUGGGGGGAAAAAAACAUUGUGAGGUUUUUGAAAUAAAAGACCAAGACUGGA